ACCGGAAGAAGAAGCGGACGGAAAGAUGGCGGCUGCAGCUGUGAGGAGUAUCGGCUCCAGUCUCGGUAAAAACCUCCGGGAGAUUCGGGUCCACCUCUGCCAGAGCUCCGCGGCCAGCCAGGGGGCCAGGGAGUUUGUGGAGCAGCACUAUGUGACGUUGAAGAAGUCGAACCCGGACUUCCCGAUCCGGAUCAGAGAGUGUUCAGGAGUCCAGGCCCGACUCUGGGCCAGAUAUGAUUUCGGUAAAGAGAGGAGCGUCUCUGUGGACAACAUGUCAGCUGAUCACCUGGCCCCCCCCCCCGCUGCAGUGGUCCAGUCCAAACCCUGAAGUUUGACCUCUGACCUCUGACCCUUGUGUGUAAAUGUGUUGAUAUAAAUAAACCUGAAAA